AUGGACAGAACCAUGCUGUUCUUCGCUUUGGCAUCCAUCCUGGGGUUAGGCCUAUGUUACAACCCUGAGAUAGAAUGCGUCAAUGGCAUUCGCACAGAUAUCGCUGAGUUCACGUUCGCCGGGAGUCAAGCAGACGAUUAUUGGGGUAAUCUCUGCUCAAACAAUAUCAGCGUCCAUUCUAUAUGGGCUGCUACAAAGCUGUACUGCACGGGACGCGAGAUUGAAGCCGGUUCGAAGAUGUUGACCGACUAUUGCAUGGAGUAUGGCGCAACGAAACUGGCGCCGUAUGCCGAGAUUUUUCCUGUUCUGACGGACGACUAUAUCGCCUCGCUUCCUGUGGUUGAAUACUUUGACAUCAAUGGCACUAAGAUAUGGGAUUAUCCUGUUCUUCUAUCAAGAGACUUCUAUAUCGCCGGCAUGAGGACCACGAGCGUUUUCCAAAAGGAGUAUAUCCUUCACCAAAGAUAUGGGUGGGCUGUCUAUGGAUUCUGGGGUGUCAUCCUGUUGAUUGGCAUUGUCAAUCGUUUCAUCACGCACACUCUCCAUGCUCGCCGCACACCAGCGUAUGGCGACGUCGAGGAGCCCGGCACCAGGCUUAAGGCGCGAGGGAUGCCAUCCAUCUUCAGUGUCGCUCACCACUGGGUUCGGAUGAACCUGAUUAUCCCUGCGGCAUUCGGAUCUCACCAUCAACGACUCCUCCAUUGGUGCACUAUCCCCACGCGAACGGAGACGGUCAUCGUUGUCUCAUUCUGGAUCCUGAAUCUGGUACUUUGCUGUGUCUCCUAUGAGAUCUUCAUUCCAAACCUAUACUAUACGGAAGCCAUCGAGACAUGGCGUUACGUCGCGGACCGGUCAGGUGUCAUCUGCUAUGCCAACCUGCCGGUUCUAUGGAUGUUUUCUGGACGAAACAACAUCUUCCUGUGGCUGACUGGUUGGAGCUUCUCAACAUUCAACAGCUUUCACAGGCAUGUUGCUCAUGCCCUACCCAUCCUCAGAUCGCUAAUUAUGACAGUUGGGCAACUUGCGGAAGCCUGGCGUGAGAAAUACUGGUAUAUGGGAGGCAUGGCGACGGUCACCAUGAGUCUACUGCUACUUUUCUCUUCCAUCCAUCUCCGUCGACAUAGCUAUGAGAUCUUCCUACUCUUACAUACUGUCCUUUCAGUGGUCACGAUCGUUGGUCUAUUCCACCACACUGCAAUCUUUCAAGGAGAAUAUGACCCAUAUCUAUGGCCAGUAGUUGCUAUUUGGCUCUUCGACAGAGUCGCCCGCAUUGUCCGUUUGGCGUACUGCAAUCUUCACGUUAGGUUUUCAAAAGAAGCUACUGGAAGUCAUUCCAGGAUCGAGAUUGCUCAAACCUGGCCCGGGUCAGCAUUACUUCAUUCACCAAUUGCAAAGUGGAGAGGCUGGGAGAAUCAUCCUUUCACGCUGGCAGCAUCCAGUGUGCUUGACGGCGGCAAUGAGACCGUCGUGGAGGCAGAUUUAUCUCAAAGUCCUGACGAGAAGGCUGCCGAAACAAAAAUCCAUGUUGUUGCCAAAGAUUCGCCUUCUAAAGGCUCGUCACCCGCUACCUCGGUCUCGUCGGGAAGAGGUCGGCCUAGGUCGAGUGCCAGCGGUGGUCGAUACAAGUUGACAUUCUUUGUCCGGCCGUUCAGCAGCUGGACCAUGCGACUACGAGACGAAUGCCUCAAAUCUCCAUCCGGGACAACCAAUCCUCGAGUGUUCAUUGAGGGUCCCUACGGUGAAAGGGGACCUCUGCAUAUAUACGAGAAUGUGAUUUUCAUUGUGGGAGGCACGGGCAUUUCAGGGGCACUUCCGUACCUGCAGGAUCAUAUCAUCCGAGCGGCUUCUCCGCCGUCAGCAACGUCACAAUCGGAAGGCACUCGGACACGAGAUAUCACUCUUGUAUGGACGACGAAGCAAUCAGCCAUGAUCCGUGACAUAGCGUCCCCGAGGUGCAGCCUGUCCUAG